AUGUUGACCGGCAUUCCUAACACCCCGACUGUGUUUGUACAGGCCCUUGGCCUCCCUCAACCAUCGGUAUUCAGCAAACGGCGGGCCAACUCCUGCAAGCCCUGCCGUGACAGCAAGUCAAGAUGCUCUGGAGGCAUGCCCUGUACAACCUGUCAAAAGAAGCGCGACAAGCCCGAAUGCUUCUACCUUACUUCUUUUCCUAGGAACCAACCUAGGCAAGUCCAUGAGACGGAACACAGCCAUGGAGAGGCGUUCGGCACCUGCCGUGGCGCCAAACAAGGGUCCGAUAAGUUGAGUGCGGUUGAAGGAGCCCGCGGGCUCGUAACUCCGCAGCAGAACUUCUGCGGGACCCUUUCGCUCUCUAGGAGCAUAGACGAAUUCAAGUCCCUUCUUCCUACCAAUGGACGGUUCCGGGAGAUCUUGGACUCGAUCCAGCCAAUCCAAGUCUUCAACCUAGAAGCUCACGCUGCCGAUGAUGAACCGGCGCCAGACCAAGCCCGCACAGGACAAGCAGGAGACGACUCCACCGUUGAGCUUCCGCCUCGUCUUCGGCCACUGUAUAUGAAAUACAGGUCUGUACGAGAUCUCCUCGUUGCUGGAAGGGCAACGCAAGCCUGGGCUGCUUUUCCGAGUCUUGUCCGUGAUGCCGAACUUCUUGGUUUGGACCUAGAUGUGAACCUUGCCACAGCUGAGGCCGAUAAAACUUCACAACCUGGCCGCUACCUGUGCUGGCUCCUCGUUGAGCUCGAUGUUCAGCUUAGCUUUCUUUUGGGACGCUGUCCUUUUAUUGCUCCUUUUCAUAACAUUCCCAGGCCAUCUCCAACGGCAUCGCGGCAGGAAGAACAGGACCUUCAGGAGAACGUCUAUGACUUCUCACAGUACAUGAUUGAAGUGUUGGAUCGCUUCAACCGUGGCAAGAAUGACCCGCAAAUGAUGUCUUCCCAGGAGAGGGAGACCAUGUUAGAGGCAGACUUGACUCAACUAUACCAGCUGCAGUCGAAGCUGCCGCCCAUUCCUCAAAACAGCUCGGCAGACGUUUCACUGUCCAUUGCAAUUACCCAACAUCACAUUGAUGUCCAACUGAUGUUGAUGGUGCUGCAUUGCCAGAUAUUGCGGUCGAUGCGCAAUCAACACACGUCGGCCAAAAGAGCCAAGUACCGAGAGUUGCUGAAAUGCUCUCGAAUGAUCACGGAAAUGUUCGACUCCAUCCAUGGCCUCGACCCGACCAAGACGGCUUCGUCCUGGCCACGGUGUUUUGGAGUCUUUUGCGCCGCUGUUAUGUUAGGCAUCGCUACCAUACGGCAGGAGGUGGGUGUGAGCAUAGGUUCGAAGCGUGUAGAGCGAACUCUGGGGAUCUUUAAAGAUCUUGCGAAAGCUGGACAGGCUUCCGGAAUCACGGAGCUGGCCACAAAGUCGCUAGAUCUGGUCGUGGAAAGAAUCCGAGAACUUGAACACCCUCCCACAACCACCACAGGUCUCACUGCCGGGGUGACUGUGACUUGUCCGACAACCCCUACUGGAGAUGUGACCCCGCCGGCCGCACCCCUGACUGAUCUGACGGCCAAGCUAAAGAGAAAUGUUGCCAGCCUCAAGCGUCGCAGGAGACCAAGCUUUGAGGGGAAGUUCAGUGCCCACAAGCGACAAAUGUUGGAGUUCAAGGACAUAGCUCCGAGCAACUUGGAGCAGCGACGUGCAAGUUGGCAUCCCGGUACCGAAAAUCAUUAUGCUCAAGCCAUGGCAGCUUUUCAUGAUCCAUCUGGGCAGAAUCGACUUGACCAGCCGAGCUUCCAGCCGGACAAAUGUCCGCUGCCAGCUGUGUCGGCGUCCUUCUCGGCUGGUGAUCAAAGAGCAAUGUCCAGUGUGGGAUAUGGGUCGAGUCAACUUGAGCACUUCCACGAAUUCCAGGCGGCUCAUCACUGGGUGCAUCCUCCCAUGAUGUACCAUCCGCCGAUGUACGACGACUGGUGGCAAGCUCAGUUUACCCCUUACGAGGGGAUGACCCCGGACCAUGGUCGACAAAUGUACUUCGAGUCACCAUUGGGACUAUCAAUGGACCAAACCCGUCAUCUUGAAUCCACCCCGCGCGGCGGCGAGCAUCCUGGCUUCCCGCACCUAAAGCAAGAACCGUCAGUUCAUCAUGACGCGGCCAUGGUGAUGAAUACCUCGAUGGUGCGCUCGCUAUGCAGUACGCAGGCUGUGUAA